AUGGUGAAGAUCUGUUGCAUUGGUGCCGGCUACGUCGGUGGGCCAACCAUGGCUGUGAUUGCACUCAAGUGCCCCAAAAUUGAGGUUGCAGUUGUCGACAUCUCUGUCCCCAGGAUCAAUGCCUGGAACAGUGACCAGCUACCCAUCUACGAGCCAGGCCUCGAGGAUGUUGUCAAGGAGUGCAGAGGCAGAAACCUGUUCUUCAGCACCGAUGUGGAGAAGCACGUCUUCGAGGCAGACAUUGUUUUCGUCUCGGUCAACACCCCGACCAAGACUCGGGGUCUUGGUGCUGGGAAAGCAGCAGAUCUCACUUACUGGGAGAGUGCAGCACGUAUGAUCGCUGAUGUCUCCAAAUCGGACAAAAUUGUUGUGGAGAAGUCAACUGUUCCCGUGAAGACUGCAGAGGCAAUUGAGAAGAUCUUGACACACAACAGCAAGGGGAUCAAGUUCCAGAUCCUCUCAAACCCUGAGUUCCUUGCUGAAGGAACAGCCAUCAAAGACUUGUUCAACCCUGAUAGGGUGCUCAUUGGAGGAAGGGAAACCCCCGAGGGGCAGAAGGCAAUUCAGACAUUGAAGGAGGUCUAUGCUCACUGGGUCCCUGAAGAUCAAAUCUUGACCACCAACCUGUGGUCUGCUGAGCUCUCCAAGCUUGCUGCCAAUGCCUUCCUGGCUCAGAGAAUCUCUUCGGUGAAUGCCAUGUCAGCUUUGUGUGAGGCAACUGGUGCUGAUGUCACUCAAGUGUCAUUUGCUGUUGGCAAGGACUCGAGAAUUGGCCCCAAGUUCUUGAACGCCAGUGUCGGCUUUGGUGGGUCCUGCUUCCAGAAGGAUAUUCUGAAUCUGGUCUACAUCUGUGAGUGCAAUGGUCUCCCCGAGGUGGCUGAAUACUGGAAGCAAGUCAUCAAGAUCAAUGACUACCAGAAGAACAGAUUCGUGAACCGUCUCGUUUCAUCCAUGUUCAACACCGUGGCGACCAAGAAGAUUGCCAUUUUGGGCUUUGCAUUCAAGAAGGAUACUGGUGAUACUAGGGAGACCCCGGCGAUUGAUGUAUGCAAGGGGCUUUUGGGCGAUAAGGCCCGGUUGAGCAUCUACGAUCCCCAGGUGACCGAGGACCAGAUUCAGAGGGACCUCUCCAUGAAAAAGUUCGACUGGGACCACCCUCUCCACCUCCAGCCCAUGAGCCCGACCACUGUGAAGCAAGUCGGCGUGGUCUGGGAUGCCUAUGAGGCAACCAAAGAUGCUCAUGGUCUCUGCAUUUUGACCGAGUGGGACGAGUUCAAGAAGCUGGACUUCCAGAGGAUCUACGACAACAUGCAGAAGCCCGCUUUCGUGUUCGACGGGAGGAACAUUGUGAAUGUGGAUAAGCUGAGGGAGAUCGGUUUCAUCGUCUACUCGAUCGGUAAGCCUCUGGAUGCGUGGUUGAAGGACUUGCCUGCUGUGGCUUAG